AUGUCAAGUGGGAAACGCACCCGUAAAACAAUUUUCUCUGAUAGUGAAGUUGAAGAAGACACAACGACUGCAACAAAUACUCAGAGGCAGACAAGGGCGGGUUCAAAAAGAGCGCGCCGUUCUGUAACUGAAGAAAUCAGAGCUUUUCCUGAUUUCCCUGAUGAUAUGGAGGUCACAGCAGAAUCUGGCGUCAUCGAAUAUAUAGAACUGGUCCAUUUCAUGUGUCAUAAAUUUCUUAAAGUUAAUUUUGGACCUAAAAUUAAUUUUAUUAUUGGACACAAUGGAAGUGGUAAAAGUGCUAUCUUGACGGGGAUUACGGUUUGCCUUGGAGGUAAGGCUAAUGCUACAAAUCGUGCAUCAAAUUUAAAAUCCCUUAUUCGUGAAGGCGCUAAUGUUGGACAAAUAACAUUGAAGUUGCGCAAUCGUGGAUCUGAUGCGUAUCGUCACGACAUUUACGGCGAUUCAAUUAUUGUUGAACGUAGAAUUAGUCGUGAUGGAAGUAAUGGUUACAAAAUCAAAACAUGUGAGGGGAAAGUUGUUUCUGGAAAGAGGGAAGAAUUAAAUUCAAUCUUAGAUCACAUGGCAAUUCAAGUGGACAACCCAAUGAACGUGUUGAGUCAAGAUACUGCACGUCAAUUUUUACAAUCUUCAAGUCCAGAGGAUAAAUAUAAGUUUUUUAUGAAAGGAACACAAUUAACUCAAUUAAGUGAGGACUAUGAACUUAUAAGAGAAAGUAUCGAUACAACACAAAAUAUUAUUAAAAACAAAAAAGAAGUGUUACCAUAUCUGCAUAAGCAAGCCAGAGAAGCUGAAGCUAGAUUUAAAGAUAUGGAAAAGGCACGAGAACUUGAAGUUUUAGUCUCAUCCUUGAAAGAUCAAAUAGCGUGGGCACAAGUCGAGGAAAAAGAAAAAGAAGUCGUUGACGCCGAGAAAAAUUUGCAGAGAGUUAGCAGGCGGAUAGUUACUGUGCAAGCAAAUCUAGAUAAAGAAAAGAUGGAAUUGGAUAAAAUUAAUGCUGCCAUAACAGAGUUAGAACAACAAUAUAAUCAACAUGUCGAGGCAGCGCAACCUUUGCAAAAUCGUAAAAAAGAAUUGCAAACGAGGAUUCGAGAAAAGACGAAUCAAUUACGCGAGAUUUCGGCCGAUGAACGAGAAAUCAAUGAAAAUAUUGGAAAUUUGAGACAAUCCAUUGAAACUUAUCAAGUUAAAAUAGAGGAGGAAACCCGCAAACUCCAAGAAAACAAUCGUUUAAAACGGGAUGACACGUUAAACGCCAUAAAAAUAAGGGAAAAUGAAGUCGAAAGAUUGUCUCAAUUGAAUCAUGAGUUACAAACUAAACUUGAAAAUCUACAUGAAAAGAGAGAUCACAUUCGUAAUGAAAAAUAUUCUAUUGAAAAUAAUAUUCGUAAUAGUCGUGAACAAAUCCUACAUUAUGAGAAUCUAAAGCAACAGCUUGAAGAUCAAAAAAUCAAUCGUUUAAAGGCGUUUGGACCUUCUAUUCCUGAUGUACUUCAAGCCAUUGAUCAAGUAAAGAGUUGGAAUAGGAAACCAAUAGGACCUUUCGGAAAAUAUGUUAGUUUAAAGAUGCCUGAAUGGUGUAAUACUUUGGAAUCAGUGCUUAAUACCGCGCUGACAGCUUUUGCUGUUUAUGAUAACUUUGAUUAUUCUGUAGGAGAACCUGAUAGAGAAUUCUUAACGAUUCUUCGAGUUCUGCAGAUUAAUGAUGAAAACGUCAAGCGAAGACUUAUCACACAAUAUCACAUAGAAUCAACUAUACUUAUCGAGAAUCGUGCAGAAGCAGACAGGAUAAUGUAUAAUGAAGGUAAAGGAUUUCCUCGAAACGUAGAUGGGAGUGGAGGUUAUUCAACGCAGUCCAUAAGAACUCAUCGAGGACCUCCAAUACUUGCACAAGACAUUGAUGCUCAGAUCAGAGAUGCUACAAGAAGACACAGAGAUGCGUCUUUAAUGCAUGCUCGUUAUCUUUCUGAAUCGAGCAAAGCUGAUUCUGAGCUAAAUAAUGUAAUCGCGGAACAAAAGCAAAUACAGAGCGAGACUACUGAAAACCAACGUCGUGGAAGAGAAUUGAAUGAUGAGAUAAUUCAAUUGAAAGACAAAUUGCAGGAUGAAGAGCCAGCUAACAUUGCAGCGUUGGAAGAUGCAGUAAGAGAAGCUGAGCAGCAAAUUACACAGUAUAAGAUAAAUUAUUCAUCAUUACAAGAGCAAAAAAUAAGUAUAAAUCAAGAACAAGUUCCAUUAGUACAUGAAAGUGAAAAAGUGAGUGAUCGUUUAGUCGCUAUGGCCGAAGAAUCCCACGUUAUUAAUAGAAAAUUUGAAGAACAAGUCAGUCUCAGGGUUACCUAUGCUAACAAUAAAGCACAUUGGGAAGCAAAAUUGGCAGUAGAGCAAGAGAAAAUCGAUUCCGCCGAUAAAGAACUCAAGGAUAAAAAAAUCACACUUGAAGAUUGGACUAAGCAAGCCGUAGAUUACUGUCCCGAACGCGUGGAGGUUACAAAAUCAGCACACGAUUUAGAUCGUGAAAUAAAACAAAUUGGGAUUAGAUUACAUGAAAGAGAAAGAGAACAUGGCGUUAGUUUAGAAGAAAUUGCUUCAGAUAUGAAGGCAAGACGUGACGCAUACCGAAAUGCAAAACGUGAAAUUGAACAUAUGGAACGAUUUCUUAGAGACCUUAAAGUUGCUCUGCAAUCGCGUAUGCUAAAAUGGAGAAAUUUCCGUACCUAUAUUUCACUUCGUGCGAGAAGUCAAUUUUCUUUUCAAUUAUCUAAACGCGGUUAUGCAGGAAAAUUGGCCUUUGACCACAAACUAAAAAAAUUGACUCUUAGGGUUCAAGUGGAUGAACAAACGAAUCAAUGCACUGACAAAGAUCCUAAAUCAUUGUCUGGUGGAGAAAAAUCAUUUUCCACUAUAUGUUUACUACUUGCCCUAUGGGAAGCAAUGGGGUGUCCAAUUCGUUGCCUUGAUGAAUUUGACGUGUUUAUGGAUGCUGUUAAUCGUAGAAUCUCUAUGCGAAUGAUGAUUGAAACUGCACGUGAAGCAGAUUGUACUCAAUACAUUUUGAUUACUCCUCAAGAUGCUAGCAGUGUCUCACCUGGACCAGAUGUUCGUGUUCAUCGUUUACAAGAUCCUGAAAGAGGUCAAGGAAUUCUUGAUGAGACAAAUGAGACAAAUUGA